AAAAAAAAACACUAGACUGCAAUAGUGAUGGGAUGGUCGGUGGUACAUGCAUAUUGAUAUUGGCCCCAGCAGCAACCGAUCGUCGGCAAACUGUUAAAUGCCCAUGUGAACGUCCGGUCGCCGGCCCGUCAAUCUGUGCACCGAAACCUGUCAGUUCACCCCUGGGGUCAAAACUAGAGUCCAACCGAUGAUGCGCGGUGAUCGCUAAAUCCCGGUAAAAGCCUUGUGCCUCAAGCGUCUCCGGCGUUUCCGACGCCGUACGUGCUGCACAUCGAGCAGCGUGAGUGAAGUCGCCCGCCGGCCCGACGGAGCUCCGCUGCGUGCGUCAUGCCGAGACCACUGGCCGGUCUUGGGCGGCGCGGCGGUUUGGGGAAAAGGAAGGCGGCGGCACGGGCGAGGGCGAGCCAGCCACCGCGGGGCAUUUCUCUUGGACCAGAACGCCCCAUCCAGCUUUCACCAACCCCCCAGCACCGCCGAGGCCUGUACUACACAGGUUUGGUUUCUACUGAGAAAACAAAUCUGUAGAAAGGUUCCUUUUAAGCCCUGUUCGGUUGUUCCGGAUUGGAGCCCCGGAUUAAUUCCUAGCCGAAUUACUUCUCUAAUUUAUAUAAAUUUUGAUGAGCUGGAAUAAAUCCUGGCUCAUUCCGGUACAACCGAACAGGCCCUUAUGGAAAUUUUGUACAUUUACAACAUAAUCGUUCGACACGGUUUAUGUUGACGAUAUAAAUGGUAUAUGCACUCUAUUUUUAUUAUUUGAUAAAAAAAAGAACAUCAGAUGUCUUCAGAAACGGGGAGGGUCGAUAGCGCAUUAGCGCAGACCGGAGGAGAGGGAGAGUGUAUUUGAGAAUUCUUUGCACCGAAUAGUGAUCAUGACUCACAGUAAGCGCCUUGUGUGGGUUGUAGAGUGAUGAGCGCCAUAAAAAACGGUGUACGAGUAGGUACGGGACGAACGAGGACACGUCCGGAAUAUCACAGAGUCGCCGAAUCAAUGCGCCAGAGGGUUUCAUUUAUAUAAAAAGAAGUUCUAUAAAUAAAAAAAAACCUUUAAAACAAAGGAUUGAAUCUUAUCAAUUCCUUUAAAAUUCAUCUAUCUAUCUGACUAUCUCCAAAAUCUUGUUCCAAAACGGAAGUCUCUGCUGGAUCUGCAAAAGCUGGCCAUUGCCCCCCGCACCACCAUCGUUCAGAGGUCGACGAAAGCCGUUUUGAGUUUGAUGUCCCGCCGUCGGCCGUCCCGGCCUGCAAGCGGCCAACGGGUACGGGCUGGCGCAGUGGUCCGCUGCGCUGACGCCUCGCCGCGCCUUUCCACCGCGCAUGUUUGUUGUUGUUGCACGGGCGGAGCGGAGCGGAGGUGGAGCCGGUGGCCCCUUCCGUUUUGUCCCGGCUGUCCGACCUCCGAGCCCCGUGUCCCCGGCCUUUGUCCCCACGCGCAUGGCGUGAUGUACACCUCGCUCCUGCUCCGUGUCGAUCGACGUGCGCCUGAUACACACGUCGCGUAGUAUGCCGUCCCUGUCAGUCGCUCGCUUCCAUCGUAUAGAUAGUGGCUAGCUACGGUUACGGCGGCAAGGAGCGUGGGGAGGAAGACUUGCCUAGCCACUAGCACUAGGUGUGAGAGUUUUGAGUCGUGGUGGUGUAUAAAGCAGUCGUCAAGCACAAGCUCCUCCUCUCCCUCUCCCUCGUCUCGCCUGAGCAGAGCCAAGCCCAUCCAUCGUUCCACACCUCCGCGAUACGAUGUCCGUCCCUCCUGCCCGACUCGCCGCGUCCUCGCUCCCGCUGCUCCUCGUCUGGCUCCAGCUCCAGCUCCUCCUCGCGUCCGCCUGCGACCGCUGCGUGCGCCACUCCAAGGCCGCCUACUACACCUCCGCGCUGACCCUCGCCGGCGGCUCCUGUGGGUACGGCACCGAUGCCGCCUCCUUCAGCGCCGGGUUCCUCGCCGCCGCCAGCCCCGCGCUGUACCGCGCCGGCGUCGGCUGCGGCGCCUGCUUCCAGGUGCGGUGCAAGGACAAGAAGCUGUGCGGCGCGGCGGGCGCCAGGGUGGUGGUCACGGACCGCGCCAGGACCAACCGCACCGACCUCGUGCUCAGCAGCACCGCGUUCGCGGCCAUGGCGCGCCCCGGCAUGGCCCCACGCCUCGCAGCACGCCGCGCAGUCGACGUCGAGUACAAGAGGGUGCCGUGCGAGUACAAGCACAGAAACCUGUCGGUGAGGGUGGAGGAGAGGAGCCACGCUGCGGCCCCGGCCCCCGGCGACCUCGCCAUCAGGUUCCUCUACCAGGGCGGGCAGACCGACAUCGUCGCCGUAGACGUCGCGCAGUGCAUGCAGGUGGGUUCGUCCAACUGGAGGUUCAUGACGCGCGACGACGGGCCGGCGUGGAGCACGAGGCAGGCGCCGCCGGGCCCGCUCCAGCUCAGGGUGGUGGUGACGGGCGGGUACGACGGCAAGUGGGUGUGGGCCGACCGCGAGGUGCUGCCGCGGUGGCGGCGCGCCGGCGAGGUCUACGACACGGGCGUCCAGAUCACGGACGUCGCCCAGGAGGGCUGCUUCCCGUGUGACACGCACGAGUGGGAGGAGGAGUGACGGCACCAGCAGAGCAGAGGCUGCAACGGAACUCGCUGAGGACUGGAGCCUGCGGGCUGCGGAGUUGAGUUGCUCUGUCUGCCUCCUCCGUGUCAGUGUCACUCGCUGCCUUUCUUUUUUUGAGUUUUGCCGGAGUGGCACUUUUAACGACGAGAGGAGAGAGCCCCGAAACCCCUCUCCCUCCCCUGUACAUGAAUUAGCUGCAUGCGUCGUCGUCGUUGCCAUGGCCGUUGUUUCAACCGGAUCACAUGCCUCGUCGUCGUUGCUUUCUGCCAACACUUAAACACUUGUACUAGUAGGCUAGUAGCUUCGUUAUUUAUAUAUAUAUUCUUCUGACGCGGGCCGGAAGAAACUCUCCAUGGCCACCGAUCCGUCUGGUGCCAGGACAGAACAAGCGGUGCCGGUGAGCGAGACAGAGAGGCGCCGGCCCGGCGGCGGCACGACUCGCUGUCCGUCUCUGCACCAGGACAUUGGGCAGCAAGCGUACGCUUGGCCUUGAGUUGAUUAUUACUAUUCUGAUCCUCACAAGUCACAAUCAGUUGCUAAUGUCGCAGUCAGCAGUACCGAUGAUGUAACGCUAAGCAUAUCUCUCGCCCGCUUCGUUGGUUCUUAUCCGUUAAGCUAAGAGCAGGUUGCGUGGAUAUUAAACAGAUUCAUGCGUUCGUCUGCUUAGGGUUGGGUUGGGACUUGGGAGGCAUGGCUUUGUUUGCGUUGCGUUGCGUGUGUUAUGUGAAGAUUGGUCACCAACCAUAACGGUCUUGCUGAAUUUCUGUUCAGACAGUCACACGCUGAAUUUUUGGGUUUGUUGGCUUGGAUUGAAUUUUUGGGUUUGUUAGCUUGGAUUAAAGCCAGCUUUGUUCGUACUGUUCCAACUAUAAUUUGUAGAGACAAAACAUUGUAAAAUUGUAGUAGAAGUCAAUAUGAAUUAAAGCUGAGCCAACCGGCCGUUUGUUCUC